AUGGCCACAGAAGGUAGUGAGGUCAAGCUGUCCACCAAGCAGCAGGUAGUCGAUGACACUCCCAAGGUCAUUAAAGGCUUACAGUUCGGUGUGCUCUCGAACCAUGAUAUUGUCAACCAGUCGCAAGUCGAGCUCGCCGAUCGUCGCAUGUACAACCUUGACGAAGGUCGAAAUGUUGCCGUCUACGGACCUCUCGACCCUCGUAUGGGCAUCUCAGACAAGAGAGGAAAAUGCGACAGUUGUGGACAGCAGCUGCAAAACUGCAAUGGUCAUUUUGGUCAUGUCAAACUAGUUCUACCUUGUUUCCAUACAUGCUCGUGCAUCCUCCUUACCGAACAAGACCGCCGCAAAUUCCUAACAAACCUCAAGCGAGCAGAAGGAGACACCCUGCGUCAAGCCUCGAUCGUACGAAAGGUUGCUGAUCAAGCCAAGAAGACGAAGGACUGCCCUCAAUGUGGCUCUACAAAUGGUUUGGUGAAGAAGGCUGGCACAUCUUCUCUCAAGAUUGUACACGAUAAAUUCAAAUCGUUCAACAGCUCGGCCUCCACAAAACGCAUACCUCCACCUGAAAAGAUUGUGUUCGAUGCCUCUAUGGAGUCGGCAAAGAAAGCGAACAACGAGGUUGGAAGGAAUCUGAGCAAAGCUAUGGAUGACCUCACGCCUCUGCGCACUUGGAAGCUGCUUAGGAGGAUCACCGAUGCCGAUUGUCCAUUACUUGGCCUGCGGACAGGAAGACCAGAAUCGUUUCUCUGGCGCUAUAUUCCUGCUCCUCCUGUCGCUAUCAGACCUUCAGUUGGUCAGGAAGGCGCGACGACCGAGGAUGAUAUUACCGCAAAGCUCGGUGACAUUGUCUUUGCCAACCAACAGCUAAGAGAAGCCCUCAAGAAAGGUGCUCCUGUUCAGUCUGUCAUUGAACACUGGGACUAUCUUUCUCUACAGCUUGCCAUGUACAUCAACAGUGACGUCCCAGGUCUGAACAAAGGCGAGAUGGGCAAGUCCAUCAGAGGCUUCGUGCAACGACUGAAAGGUAAACAAGGUCGAUUUCGAGGAAACUUAUCAGGCAAGCGUGUAGAUUUCUCUGGCCGAACUGUCAUCUCCCCAGAUCCUAAUUUGAGCAUCGACGAAGUUGCGGUGCCUGAGCUCGUCGCACGAAAUAUGACCUACCCAGAAGUUGUGAACCGCCAUAACAAGACCAAAUUGCAGCAACGUGUGCGCAAUGGCACUAAGAAAUGGCCUGGUGCUAACUAUGUCGAGAAGAAAAAGGACGAAAUAAAGAUGUACCUGAAAUUUGGUAACCGCGACUAUAUAGCCAAGAAUUUGGAAGAAGGCGAUGUGGUUGAACGACAUCUUGAGGACGGCGAUAUCGUGCUUUUCAAUCGACAACCUUCUUUACACAAGCUUUCCAUCCUCUGCCAUCACGUCAAAGUAAGACCUCAUCGAACCUUUCGACUCAACGAAUGUGUCUGCAACCCAUACAAUGCCGAUUUUGACGGCGAUGAAAUGAAUCUGCAUGUCCCUCAGACGGAGGAAGCAAGAGCUGAAGCUUUACAGCUGAUGGGUGUAAAGCACAAUUUAACUACUCCCAAGAACGGAGAACCAAUAAUUUCUGCUAUUCAGGAUUUCAUCACUGCUGCGUACUUGUUGAGUAGCCUGGACAACUUCUACGAUCGGAAAACAUUCACAACCAUAUGUAUGGGCAUGCUGGACAAAGACACAAAACUCGAGUUACCACCUCCAACUGUGAUCAAACCGCAAGCACUUUGGACCGGGAAACAAGUCUUCAAUGUACUGAUCAGACCGAACAAACAGCUCAAUGUAUUACUCAACCUUGACGCCCCGUCCAGAGACCACAAAAAGUAUCACAAAGACCUACAUCGCGAUCUACAGGACGACAGCUUCCUAUGUAUUCGAAACUCCGAGGUCAUGUGUGGUAGAAUGGACAAAUCUACUGUCGGUUCAGGCAAGAAGAACUCGUUGUUCUACAUAUUGGUUCGAGAUUUUGGUGUUGAGGCUGCGACUAGAGCUAUGAAUCGACUUUCGAAACUCUGCGCCAGAUGGCUUGGUAAUCAAGGAUUUUCGGUCGGUAUUAGCGACGUAACACCACCAGAAAUGCUUCAGAAAGUCAAAGAUGAUACCAUCACAAAGAUCUUUAGCGACUGUGUUGGGUUUGAAAAAUCGUCGAAAGCAGGAAAACUGAAGAGAAAGCCUGGUCUUGAUCAUGCACAAACACUUGAGGCCGAGCAAGUGAGAGCUCUCAGCACCGUUCGUACUGACAUCGCCUCUAUCUUGACCUCAAAACUAAGCAAGCGCAAUUCGCCUAUGGUCAUGGCUACUUCUGGCUCGAAAGGUUCCACUGUGAACGUCGCACAGAUGGCUGCCCUACUUGGUCAGCAGGAUAUCGAAGGCAAGCGUGUGCAGAACGGUUUCCAAGAUCGUACGCUUCCUCAUUUUCCGAAACAUGGGUCUUCUCCACCGUCACGUGGCUUUGUUGAGAACAGUUUCUUCAGUGGUCUGACUCCAUAUGAAUUCAUAUUCCAUGGGAUGGGUGGUCGUGUGGGUCUCGUAGAUACUGCUGUCAAGACUGCAGAAACUGGUUAUAUGUCCCGAAGAUUGAUGAAGUCUCUGGAGGAUCUCUCUACACAGUAUGACAGGACUGUCAGGAAUUCAGCAUCUAAUAUCGUGCAAUUCAGGUUUGGCGACGACGAGCUGGACCCUGUGGACAUGGAAGCCAGUGCUAAGCCAGUUGACUUUGAACGAACAUACGUUCAUGUUGAAGCCACUACUUUCAAUACCGAGGACAAAGGUCUGAGCGAUGUCGCGAUUUUCGACAAUAUGGACAAGAUCUUGUCUGUUAAACGUAAGACGUUGUCGCGUAUCGAUUUCAAGGGCAAAGAUUUGCCAUAUGACACAAGCGAGGACUCACUCGCCGAUCAGAACGAAUCUGCACGAGAUUUUGUGAAAUCAAUUCAGCAAUUCAUUAUGGGUAAGUCAGAUAUGUUUCAAAAGGCACGAUCAGAAAAGAAGCCAUGGGCGACUGCUUCGGAUGAUGUCGAUGUCCCUACUGGCAGCAAGCGGACACGGGGAGGAAAAGCAAGUGCAGGCUCAGCAAACAAGAAGCAGAAGACAGGCGCUGGUGCCACAGCCAAAAUGGCGCUUGUCAGAGCUUCGCCGUCGACGAAAGAUCGAUUCGAGUUGACAUCGAAGUUAUCAGCCAAGACCCUCGACAGCUUUGUGAGGCUGUGUCUGGAGAAGUACGAGCGAGCCAAGGUUGAGCCCGGUCAUGCCGUGGGUGCCGUGGGUGCACAAUCUAUUGGCGAACCCGGUACUCAGAUGACUCUGAAGACUUUCCAUUUUGCUGGUGUUGCCGGUAUGAGCUUGACGGCUGGUGUUCCACGUAUCAAAGAAAUCAUCAAUGCCUCGAAGGAUAUCUCAACUCCUGUUAUCACUUGUCGGCUGGAAAGACGAAGUGAUGGUUCUAUUCCAGAAGAGCUUGCACGCAUCGUGAAAGGUCGAAUCGAGUGUCUUUAUCUAGAAGACAUUACUGAGUUCAUCACAAUCAGCCAUCCCACGAGCAAGGCCAGCUGCAUUUAUCUGAAACUCAAUAUGGACACAAUAAUCGACUUCGGCCUCGACAUCACUAUCCAUGAUGUCGUACGAGCCAUCGAAAAGCAUCGUCGCUUUGCCAAGACUGGGCUCAGCUGCGUUAUGGUCCGGCCUGAUGAGAUCAGAAUAUCCUCUGGUAACACGAUCAAAUCAACCAAACGUGGUGCUGCUGCCAAAGCUGAAGAGAGCGCUCCUCAUGAAAACCUUUUGCGUUUGCAGGCUAUCCGGCGUAUCCUGCCUUCCGUCCACGUCCUAGGCCAUCCAAAUGCUGCUCGAGCGGUGGUCAUGGCUGAAGACGAUCCCAUGUCGGAGGAAAUUUUAGCUCGCCGGAAAGCAAUGAAAGUGACCGCGAUACCCGCAUCAGUCUCAGAAACACGCGCUCACUCACCAACAAUGGACCUUGACCCACCUAUCAAGCAAGAAGGCGGUGCCCAACCUGACCUUGAUCAACCACCAAUUAAAGCAGAGAUCACUACUUCUGCCCCAAUACCAAAAGACACACCUCCAACAAAGACUAUUCAGAUGCACAAGCUCAUGAUAUCCGGCUACGGCCUGCGCUCCGUGCUCACAACGCCGGGAGUCAACCCAGCCACAACGCAAACAAACUCGAUAGUCGAAACCCUCAACGUCCUAGGCAUCGAAGCCGCCAGAUCCAAAAUCAUCACCGAGAUCGCAGAGGUCAUGAAAGACCUGAACAUCGAUCCACGUCACAUGGCGUUGCUAGCAGACGUGAUGACCUACAAAGGUGAAGUGCUGGGAAUCACUCGUUUCGGACUUGCAAAAAUGCGAGACAGUGUAUUGCAAUUGGCCAGUUUCGAAAAGACGGCGGAUCACGUCUUUGAUGCGGGUGUUGCGGGAAAGAGAGAUGACAUUGAGGGUGUGAGUGAGUGUGUUAUUGUGGGGAAGACUAUGGGGGUAGGGACGGGGAGUGUUGAGGUUGUGCGGCCUCUAGGGGUGAAGGUUGAGGAUGUACAGGAGAGAAGGGCGGUCUUUGAAGAUGCGUGGAAUGAGGCAUGA